UCCGUCCCGUCAGCUCGGGAACCGGAAAUCCGGCUGCCCCGGGUCACGUGCCCAGCCGCCAUCUUGGCUCCGGUGGGAGCUGUACCCGGGCAGAGCGGCGAUGCUUAUCAGGGCGUAACCUUCGUCCUGGGGGAAGCGUCCGUGGAAUUCGAGGGGAGGUGGAGGAGAUGGCGGCCUCGGCGCGGGAAGACGGCGCCCGCGGGCAAGCGCAAGGGCGGCGGGGCUGCGAGCACUAUGACAGAGGAUGUCUCUUGAAGGCACCAUGCUGUGACAAGCUUUAUUCUUGCCGGUUGUGUCAUGAUAGCAAUGAAGAUCAUCUGCUAGAUCGCUUUAAAGUAAAGGAAGUGCAGUGCAUAAACUGUGAAAAAAUCCAACGUGCACAACAGACUUGUGAAGAAUGUAGCACAUUGUUUGGAGAAUAUUAUUGCAGUAUGUGCCAUCUGUUUGACAAAGACAAGAAACAGUAUCAUUGUGAAAACUGUGGAAUUUGUAGGAUUGGUCCAAAGGAAGAUUUUUUCCACUGUCUGAAAUGUAACUUAUGCCUCACAAUAAAUCUCCAAGGAAAGCAUAAGUGUAUUGAAAAUGUUUCCCGGCAGAAUUGUCCAAUAUGUUUGGAGGACAUUCACACAUCCCGUAUUGUUGCUCAUGUCUUGCCAUGUGGACAUCUUUUACACAGAACGUGUUAUGAAGAAAUGUUGAAAGAAGGCUACAGAUGUCCAUUAUGUAUGCACUCUGCUUUAGAUAUGACUAGGUACUGGAGACAGCUGGAUGAUGAGGUAGCACAGACUCCUAUGCCAUCAGAAUAUCAGAACAUGACUGUGGAUAUUCUCUGCAAUGAUUGCAAUGGAAAAUCUACAGUCCAGUUCCAUAUAUUAGGCAUGAAAUGUAAUAUUUGUGAGUCCUACAAUACUGCUCAGUCUGGAGGAUGUAGAGUUUCAGUAGAUCAGCAAUGACCAGCCUAUACUGCACUGGACAACUCAGCAUUUUCUGAUAUAGAAAGAGGCUAUCUUUUUAUCAUGAUGCAUCAGAAUCUGUGCAUUAGAGUUGAUGUGUUUUGUAUUAGUGUCACAGAGUAAAAUCAUAUUACAGGACUUAAGGAUUCAGGGUCUCUUUAUAGAAUUAUCACAGCUCUACAUUGAAUGAAAGCCACCAUGCUUGUGUUUUGAUUGGAAAUUCCUUUGGUGUCAGUUGUUUGGAAGUUAAUGUUUGCCACUGAAAUUCACAUCCAUAGAUGUAUUAUACUUACAUGGAACUUUGCUUUAAGUGACACUAUGCACACAAUUCAUUUCUAGUUCUUGAUAGAACUGUACUUAAUUCUCAGUAUUAUUCUUUACUUUUUUUUUUUUUUUUUUUUUUUUGCGGUACGCGGGCCUUUCACUGUUGUGGCCUCUCCCGUUGCAGAGCACAGGCUCUGGAUGCGCAGGCUCAGCAGCCAUGGCGCACGGGCCCAGCCGCUCCGUGGCAUGUGGGAUCUUCCUGGACCGGGGCACGAACCUGUGUCCCCUGCAUCGGCAGGCAGACUCUCAACCACUGCGCCACCAGGGAAGCCCUAUUCUUGACUUUUUAAGGGCUGUGCUAUGAGAAUAUGUUCUAUCUUACUGUUAAAAUCUAAUUACAUAUACUUUAGAAUUUUCUAAGACAGUCCUUUGCAUCCUGUAAAUGUGAAUGUUGAUGUAAUAACUGCUAAUAAAACUAUAUUGAAACAGUAUUUUAUAGAAAGUUUUU